CGCACAGCUACUUCUGUUGACUGCAGCCUGUAGGCUACUAAUAGACUCGCUGUCUCCGAAUUUAGUUUCAAACAGCACUUUAAGAGUCUUAGGAAGUACCAGUCCAGCUGCGGUGACGAGACACAGGGACCGAUGUCUCCUCCGCGUCUUACAGGUGCUCUUCGUUCUUUCUCUAAUGUCAGCAAGAGGGAGGAACCCACGGAGCAGCUGUAUGACCUGAAGGCCAAGCGUAUAAAGAGACAAGAGCUGUUUGCCAGGGAAGGCCUGACAUGGCAGAAGAUUGUUCAUUUUUGUUCUGAGCAUCAGGAUAAAGCUAAGCAACAAGCUGCCAGUCAGGAACUGAAGAUCCUUAUUCAGGCAGCCAAAGAGAUUGUUGGUACUGAACAUGGUCAAGAUGCCAUAGAAUGUGCUGCUGUCUUUCUGUUUGAGACCUUCCAAAACAAAGACCAUGUUGGAACAGAGGAGACCCGUGCCAUUAAGCAAAUGUUUGGGCCAUUUCCAUCGUCUGCAGCUGAAGCUUCUUGUGCUUGUGUGGCUCGGCUGAUUACCCCACUUGAUGACUCCAAAGUCGAAGAUUUCAUCAAAACCCAGCGUUCCCGUUACCACUACCAGCGAGGCUCUACCUUUGGGCGCAAUGUUAAUUUCUCUUAUGACUUUUACACGCUUGACCCACUGGAAGACCUCCAAGGUUCUGAUCUUGGUGAUGAGAAAGUGGACUUUGUCAACUUUCUCAAUAAUCAGCAAAGUGGAUAUAAGUCUGCCAGUGAAGAUAAUGAGCCCCGCAGUGGAACAACUUUAAGCUCUGGAGAUGGAUCCAUCCUUCGAAGAGAAGUGGAAAAAUACCUGGAAGGAGGAAAUAUGAUUUCAUCUAACCCAGAGGAGCUGUGCACCUCCUUGUUUGAGAUGCUAACCUCCCACAGGAGUGAUGAUGAGCUGCAGAAUGAGCUGUUUGAACUGUUGGGACCAGAGGGCCUAGAGAUGAUAUCCACCCUUCUGCAGAGCAGAACAACUAUAGUUGACUCCUUUCUCUCCCCAAAUGAAAAGACAGGAUAUCUACCAGAUGUCAGCCGAAAGGUCAGUGGUGAAAUGGCCAAGCCUGCCUACGGUUGCCAGGUGAUCAUUCAGUCAGAGAAGGAGAAACAAAUGAUGAAAAUCUACCGGCGAGAAGAAAAGAAGGAGAAAAAGAGAACCAAAGGAAGUGAUGAUGGUGACUUCUCAGAGGCUGUCUUGACCUUUGACCCAAAAGAGAUGAGAGCUCAGCGAGAGCAUGCCCUGCUGAACGCACGUUAUGAACCUCUCCUAAACAGGGAAAGAGUUUAUGAAAGAAUUCGUUAUCCAAAUGUAUAUGACAGCUAUGCAGAAGCAACAAAAGCACCUGCAUUUGUUGGAGGAGCCAGGCUGCUGUUGCCUGAGGGUAUCCACAGAGAAAACAACAAGAUAUAUGAAGAGGUGGAGAUCCCAUACAAUGAACCCAUGCCUGUUGGCUUUGAGGAGAGACCAGUCUACAUCUCUGAGCUGGAUGAGGUCGGACAGUUGGUGUUCAAGGGAAUGGAGCGUCUGAACAGGAUCCAGUCUCUAGUAUUUGAGACAGCCUACAACACCAAUGAAAACCUUUUGAUCUGCGCUCCAACUGGUGCUGGCAAGACCAACAUCGCCAUGCUGACAGUCCUGCAUGAGAUCCGUCAGCACCUACAGCCUGGUGGCGUUAUCAAAAAGGAUGAAUUUAAGAUAGUAUAUGUGGCUCCAAUGAAGGCCUUGGCAGCUGAGAUGACUAAUUACUUCAGUAAGCGAUUGGAACCCCUGGGCAUCAUUGUUAAAGAACUCACCGGAGACAUGCAGUUAACCAAAGGAGAGAUCCUUCGAACACAGAUGCUGGUGACAACUCCAGAGAAGUGGGAUGUUGUGACAAGGAAAAGUGUUGGAGACGUCGCUCUCUCUCAAAUUGUGCGUCUCCUGAUCCUCGAUGAAGUUCAUCUUCUACAUGAAGAUCGAGGACCAGUACUAGAGAGCCUGGUGGCAAGAACUAUCAGACAGGUGGAGUCUACCCAGAGUAUGAUCAGGAUCCUGGGACUGUCUGCCACCCUGCCAAACUACCUGGAUGUGGCAGCCUUCCUGCACGUCAACCCCUAUAUCGGCUUGUUCUUCUUUGACAGCCGCUUCAGACCUGUGCCUCUUGGACAAACCUUUGUUGGGAUCAAAACCACCAACAAGAUCCAACAGAUUCAUGACAUGGAAGAUGUAUGCUACAGCAAGGUUCUGCAGCAGAUUAAAGCUGGACAUCAGGUCAUGGUUUUCGUUCAUGCUCGAAAUGCCACAGUGAGGACAGCUUUUGGGUUGAUAGAGAUGGCAAAAAACCGAGGAGAAAUCCGUUUCUUUCUGCCAGACCAGGGCCCAGUCUAUGGCCAGUGUGAGAAACAGAUCCAACACUCCAGAAACAAGCAGAUGAAGGAAAUGUUCCCAGAAGGCUUUGGGAUCCACCAUGCUGGCAUGCUGCGGUCUGACCGUAGCCUCAUGGAGAACUCAUUCUCUAAAGGCCACCUGAAAGUUCUGGUCUGCACUGCCACUUUAGCCUGGGGAGUGAACCUGCCAGCCCAUGCAGUUAUCAUUAAGGGAACUCAAAUCUACGAUGCAAAGCGCGGUGCCUUUGUGGACCUGGGAAUUUUGGACGUCAUGCAGAUUUUUGGCCGAGCGGGUCGACCUCAAUUUGACAAGUACGGAGAGGGCACCAUCAUCACUACCCACGACAAGCUGAGUCAUUACCUCACCCUGCUCACCCAGCAAAAUCCCAUUGAGAGUCAGUUCCUGGGCAGCCUAGCUGACAACCUGAAUGCUGAGAUCGCUCUGGGUACUGUGACCAAUGUGGAGGAGGCUGUGAAGUGGCUCAGUUACACAUAUCUAUAUGUCCGAAUGAGGGCCAACCCACUGGUGUACGGCAUCAACCACAAAACCUUUCAGAUGGAUCCAGCUUUGGAGCUGCACAGGAAGGAACUUGUGGUGGAGUCUGGCCGGAAGCUGGACAAGGCCAGGAUGAUCCGUUUUGAUGAACGCACCUGCUACUUCGCCUCUACAGACCUGGGCAGGACAGCCAGCCACUUCUAUAUCAGAUAUAAUACCAUUGAGACAUUCAACGAACUUUUUAACUCACAGAAGACUGAAGCAGACAUCCUAAGUAUUGUGUCCAAGGCAGAGGAGUUUGAUCAGUUGAAGGUCCGUGAAGAGGAGUUGGAGGAGCUGGAUCAGUUGCUGCAAAACCAUUGCAUCCUUUCUGCAGCGGGCGGUGUGGAGAACGGUUAUGGCAAAGUUAACAUUUUGCUGCAGACUUACAUCGGACGGGGAGAAGUUGAUAGCUUCUCACUCGUCUCAGACCUGUCAUAUGUGGCACAGAAUGCUGCUCGGAUUGUCAGAGCUUUGUUUGAGAUCGCUCUGAGGAAGCGCUGGCCUGCCAUGACCUACCGACUGCUCAACCUCUGCAAGGUGAUCGACAGGCGACUGUGGGGCUUUGCCCACCCUCUUCGCCAGUUCCCCAACCUGAGCCAUGUUAUACUCAACCGCUUAGAGGAGAAGAGGCUUACAGUGGACAAACUGAAGGAAAUGAAGAAGGAUGAAAUUGGUCACAUGCUGCACCAUGUCAACAUUGGAUUAACUAUCAAGCACUGCGUCCACCAGAUUCCUGCCUUCACAAUGGAGGCGAGCGUCCAGCCAAUAACACGCACAGUUUUACGUGUGCGACUCAUCAUCACUCCUGAUUUCCGCUGGAAUGACCAGGUCCACGGGUCUGUGGGUGAGCCAUGGUGGUUGUGGGUGGAAGACUCCAUCAAUGAUCACAUCUACCACUCUGAGUACUUCCUCCUGCAGAAGAAACAGGUGGUAACCAAAGAGCCUCUGCACAUAGUAUUCACCAUUCCCAUCUUUGAGCCGUUACCUUCCCAGUACUACAUUAAGGCAGUUUCGGACCGCUGGCUUGGAGCCGAGGCUGUGUGCAUCAUCAACUUCCAGAACCUCAUUCUACCUGAGCGACAUCCCCCACACACUGAACUUCUGGACCUGCAGCCAUUGCCUGUGACAGCUCUGGGGAACCAAGAGUUUGAGAGUUUAUACAAGUUCACUCAUUUUAAUCCCAUCCAGACACAGAUCUUCCACACACUGUACCACACUGACACCAAUGUGCUGCUGGGGGCACCAACAGGCUCUGGGAAAACCAUUGCAGCCGAGCUUGCCAUGUUCCGGGUCUUCAGCAAGUAUCCCUCCUCUAAGGUUGUCUACAUUGCCCCUUUAAAAGCUUUGGUGAGAGAGAGAAUUGAGGACUGGAAGAUCAGGAUUGAAGAAAAACUGGGGAAAAAAGUAGUAGAGCUGACUGGUGACGUUACUCCAGAUAUGAGAGCUAUUGCACAAGCUGACCUCAUUGUCACCACACCAGAGAAGUGGGAUGGAGUGAGCAGAAGUUGGCAGAACAGGAGCUAUGUUCAGAAAGUAGCCAUUCUCAUCAUAGAUGAGAUCCACCUGCUGGGUGAGGACAGAGGCCCUGUGUUGGAGGUAAUUGUGUCCAGGACUAACUUCAUCUCCUCUCACACUGCAAAGGCAGUGAGAGUGGUUGGUCUGUCCACAGCUCUGGCCAAUGCUCGGGACCUCGCUGACUGGCUGGGAAUUCAACAGGUGGGGUUGUUUAACUUCCGUCCAUCUGUGCGUCCUGUCCCACUGGAAGUUCACAUUCAUGGUUUCCCAGGACAACACUACUGUCCCCGAAUGGCCAGCAUGAACAAACCCACUUUCCAAGCAAUACGCAGUCAUUCACCUGCCAAGCCAGUGUUGAUUUUUGUGUCAUCAAGAAGACAAACCCGUCUGACUGCCCUGGACCUGAUUGCCUAUCUGGCCACAGAGGACAACCCCAAGCAGUGGCUGCACCAAGAUGAGAGAAUGAUAGAGGACGUCAUUGCCACGGUGAGAGAUUCCAACUUGAAGCUGACCCUAGCCUUUGGGAUUGGCAUGCACCAUGCAGGUCUUCAUGAAAGGGACAGAAAGACUGUGGAGGAGCUGUUUGUCAACUGCAAGAUCCAGGUUCUGAUCGCCACCAGUACUUUGGCAUGGGGAGUAAACUUUCCUGCCCACCUGGUGGUUGUCAAGGGAACAGAAUACUACGAUGGAAAAUCCAGGCGCUAUGUGGACUACCCCAUUACAGAUGUCCUGCAGAUGAUGGGGCGAGCUGGUCGUCCACAGUUUGAUGACCAGGGCAAAGCAGUUAUUCUGGUCCAUGACAUCAAGAAGGAUUUCUACAAGAAGUUUCUCUAUGAACCAUUCCCUGUUGAGUCCAGCCUCCUCAGCGUGCUGUCGGACCAUCUGAAUGCUGAAAUUGCAGCCGGAACCAUCUCGUCCAAGCAGGACGCUAUGGAUUACAUCACAUGGACAUAUUUCUUCAGACGGCUGGUGAUGAAUCCCAGCUAUUACAGCCUAGAAGGCAUCGACCACGAGUCCAUCAACAAAUACCUGUCCAACUUGGUGGAAAGAAGCUUGCUGGACCUGGAAUGCUCUUACUGCAUUGACAUUAAAGAGGAUGAUCAGACAGUUGAGCCACUGACAUAUGGUCGCAUUGCCUCUUAUUACUACCUGAAGCCUCCAACCAUCCGGAUGUUUAAGGAACGACUGAGAGCCGAGCUGUCUCUGCAUGACCUACUCUCUGUUCUCACUGACGCAGAGGAAUACGCUGAGCUACCGGUCAGACACAAUGAGGACCAGCUCAACAGCCAGCUAGCUCAGCAGCUCCCUCUGCAGGUCAACCCCCGGUCCUUUGACAGUGCACACACCAAGACUCAUCUUUUGCUGCAAGCACACUUCAGCCACACCCAACUCCCAUGUAGUGACUACACAACUGAUACAAAAACAAUUUUGGACAACGCCAUUCGAAUCUGUCAGGCAAUGCUAGAUGUAGCUGCCAAUGAAGGCUGGCUUGUUACAGUGCUCAGUAUCUGCAACCUGAUCCAGAUGAUCAUCCAGGGCCGCUGGCUGCACGACUCUUCAUUACUGACACUUCCACACGUCCAACACCACCACCUCUACCUGUUCAGGAAAUGGGCAGGUAUCAAAGGAAAGAGUGAUGCUGAAGGCUUCUGUGGGCCUGUUGAGGGACUCCCAGAACUUAUUGCUGCUUGCGGUGGAAAAGAAAGUGUUUUAUCUGCUGUUGUUAACCAGGAGUUUCAGCCAAAUCAAAUACUGCAGGCAUGGUCCUUUCUGAGCCACCUGCCAGUGCUGGAGGUCCAGAUGAGUGUGAAGGGAUGGUGGGAGCAGAGCCAGGAGCAGAUGGAGCGCCCUCUCACUGGAAGGGGCACUAGCCUGAGAGAGGAGAGCAGAUGGCUGGAUGUCCAUGCUGACCAGGAGUACGUUCUACAGGUGUCACUGCGUCGACUCAAUCUGGGUCAGCACUGGAGGAAGCAGGAAAGUAAGGCCCAGGCUCCCAGGUUCCCUAAAGCAAAGGACGAGGGAUGGUUCCUCAUCAUGGGGGAAGUGGAUAGCAAGGAGCUGCUGGCUGUCAAACGGGUCGGAUACGUCCGGAACCAUACCGCUGUGUCUGUAGCCUUCUAUACCCCAGAGAAGACUGGAAAGUGCAUCUACACGCUGUAUGUAAUGAGUGACAGCUACCUGGGCCUGGAUCAGCAAUAUGACAUCCACCUGAAUGUAACCCCCACCAGCAUCGCAGCCCAGGUCAACACAGAAGUAGUGGAUUCCCUCAACUAAGGAGCAGCAAUAGGAAAACCUUUAGUCUACUCUGGCACAGCAGCAGUUCAGCUCUAUCAUUGAUGUGCUGAGUCGCACUCACACUGACAUGUCAUCAUAACAUGUUAAGGUUUCCUGGAACUCAACCUUUGGAAGCUCAAAGACCUGUUGCUCACAUUGGCAUCAGACCAAGUGAGGCUUGCUUCUUGGAAUAUGGAACAUUACAGAAUGUUAUCAGUUUGUUUAUUCCCCUGUCCCCUGUUCAAGUACAUAUACUCCAACUUUGAAGACUUUCCACUUUAACUAACUGCAGCAAAUUGGAAGUUUAGCAAAUAUUUGAUGUAUGUAGAAUAUAUACUGGAUGACAAUGAAUAAAAAAUCUUGAGUUAAAUUUAAAAACAGAAAUCCAAACCACAAACAGCUGUACACAGACUGGUUCAAGACGGAGAUAAAAAUGUAAGGUAAAGAACAUUUUCUAAAGAUUCUAUGUUUUUUGGUGAGGGUGGGGGGCAGGGAAAUGUUUAAGAUAGAAAGUUAAGUUUACAACCUUUAAUUUAUAUCUGAGUAUAAAUGAAACAUUUGUUGCAGCAGGUCAAACUGAGUUUAAACUGCUGCGGUAGAUUUAAAGUACAAAUCUGUGAAAUAGCAGGUAAGUUCCCCAGCAGCUUAUCUACAGAUCUGACCUGUCUUCUCCUCAUCAACAACUCAUUCAAAGUUACACCUGAGUCAUCAAACAGAACAAACAUGGCAGAAAUCCAUCUGUAUUGAAUAUAGCAUUGUGCAACAAGUUGAUUUUAUGCCCUGGAAUUAUUUGAAAAUAAAAUUUCACUUUGAGAUGA